GCCAGGGAACUGGCCUGUGGGAACAUUUUAAAUAGAGAAGACUCGGAAAUGGCCAAUGUGCUCUGUAACAGAGCAAGACUGGUGACCUAUCUGCCAGGAUUUUACUCCUUGGUCAGAAGGGUUGUAAAUCCCAAGACUUUUUCCACAGCAGGAUCUUCUGGCUCAGAUGAGCCUCAUGUUGCUGCUACUCCACCUGAUAUAUGUCCAAGGACUGUGUGGCCAGAUGAAGUAAUGGGGCCAUUUGGUCCUCAGGACCAGAGAUUCCAGCUCCCUGGUAAUAUAGGUUUUGAUUGUCACCUAAACGGCACAGCGUCUCAGACAAAAACACAGCUUCAUAGAAGUUUGCCUGAUAUACUAGUGGAGCCCUUAACAAGUGAGAGACAUGAAUUUGUGAUGGCACAAUACAUAAAUGAGUUUCAGGGCACUGAUGUCCCUCCUAAACAGCAAAUAAAUAAUGCUGAAACAUACUUUGAAAAUGCUAAGAUAGAAUGUGCAAUACAAACUUGUCCAGAACUGUUACGAAAAGACUUUGAAUCAAUGUUUCCAGAAGUAAACACCAAUAAUCUAACAGUACUAACCAUAACCCAGAAAACUAAAAAUGAUAUGACGGUAUGGAGUGAAGAGGUGGAAGAUGAGAGAGAGCUGCUAUUAGAAAAUUUCGUUAAUGGUGCCAAGGAAAUUUGCUAUUCACUCUUGUCUGAAGGCUAUUGGGCUGACUUUAUAGAUCCAUCCUCAGGAUUGGCAGAUUUUACAGUUCUACCAUGUACAAAAAAUUCUGGAUAUUUGCUGUACCAUAUUUCAGUGGCUGCAUUUACUUCUCAGAAAAGAAAAAAAUAGUCUGAGUGCUUAAUAAUAUGUUACAUUUGUGAAGUCUAUAGGGAUUUAAGAAUUAAAUUCCUGGUCCUGUAAACUGGUUGUGAGAGUGAAAACCUAUGCCUUUUAUUUCAGAAAACAAAGCAAAUUACAGUUAUUUUUAAGGGCAACAGCUGUUAUGCCAAAACAAAGCUUACAGAGUGUUUCUGUUUUAAAUAACUUGUAUCAAAAUCCUGUGGGGGUAAGAAUUUUAAACUUGUGUAGUUUUGUCAUUUUAAAUCUUGAAACCAUUUGUUUUGUAAGAUUGUAACGGUGCUGAACUGAUUAACACAA